AUGGUCACUGUAAAGCUCUACGGCAUGCCCUACUCGACAUGCACCAAGCGUGUAUGGACGACGGCCAAGGAAAUCGGCGUCGAUGUCACGAUCGUCCCCGUCGAUCUCGCCAAGGGUGCACACAAGGACCCGGCAUACAUCGAGAACUACCACCCGUUCGGUAUUAUUCCCGUUCUCGAGUACGGAAAGGGCUCGCCUCUCCUACCUGCUGCGAGCGAUGCCAAGGCAUAUGGUCUCUUCGAGCAAGCUGCCAGCAUCGAGUACUCGAGCUUCGAUCCUUCUGCUUCGGGUCUCGCGUUUGAACGCGUCUUCGGGCCUAUGAGGGGAUUGGAGCCCAACAAGGAUUUGGUCAAGAAGUACGUCGACACUUUGGAUGCUAAGCUCGAUGGAUACGAGCGUAUCUUGGCCAAGCAAAAAUACCUCGCUGGUGAUAUCUUCACUCUUGCCGAUUUGUUCCAUCUCCCUUACGGCAAGAUGGUUUACGAUCUCGAGCCUCAGCUGUUUUCCAAGAGGGAGCACCUCAAGAAGUGGUGGGAAGACAUUUCUGCUCGUUCUUCUUGGCAGGAGGCUCAGAAACUCCAGCUCUAA